AUGGUUGGGGGGGAAAGUACAUUAGGUUUACCUACCACACUAGCUACAAGUUUAGCCAACUGUACAAAGUUUCUACCAGCGGUAGCUUGCAAAGUAAACAUCAGCUAACCGUCCCAUGGCAAAUGCUCCCUUCUGCUGCUUGACAGGCAGAGCCCCAAAAAUAUUUGAAAUUAACCUAAACCAUGCAUACUUGUCAGGGGUGGUGACCAGAAAAGCACAGAACAUGCAAUGUAGCUCAGCCUGACUUGGAAGCAUGGGGCUGAGGCUUGUUGAAAAGCAAGGGCCUCAGAGCCAGAAGAUGGUGAUCUUCGGAGCCAUCUUCCUCCUGAUGACCCUCCUCAUCCUCUUUAGCUCCAACAGCGGCAAUGACAUCAGUCCCUUCUACAGUCCCUUCCGGGCGUCCUUGCCUCAUCACCCCAUCAAGGUCACUGACCUAAAGAAAUGGGCAGGGAAGGAGGGCUAUGUGGCUGUCUAUGGAAACAAGAGUCUGACCCUGCAUUGCCACCACUGUGCCCUGGUGACCAGCUCCAGCCACGUGCUGGGCAGCGGGGCCGGACCGGACAUCGACCGCGCCCAGUGUGUGAUCCGCAUGAAUGACGCCCCCCUGUCGGGGUUCGAACGUGACGUGGGGAGCCGGACCACCCUCAGAGUGGUGGCUCACUCGAGCGUGUUCAGGGUGGUUCGACGUCCAGCUGAGUUUCUCAACCUCACGGACCACCAGGCAAAUUCUGCAGUCAUAUUCUGGGGACCACCCACCAAGAUUGGUAGAGAGGCUAAAGGAACACUGUACCGUCUGAUCCAGAGAGUCAGCAUGACCUACAGUAACCUGUCCAGCUUUACCAUCACGCCUAGCAAGAUGCACAAGUUUGAUACACUGUUUCAGAAGGAGACAGGGCGAGACAGAGCAAAGUCUCAGUCCUGGUUGAGCACCGGCUGGUUCACAAUGGUGAUUGCGAUAGAGAAGUGUGACAAUAUUAAAGUGUACGGGAUGGUUCCGCCCAGUCACUGUGGAAAAAAGCCCCAGCCCAAGAAGAUGCCCUACCACUACUAUAAACCCAGAGGCACAGAUGAGUGUGUGACCUACCUGCAAAAUGAGAGGGGUCGGAAGGGCCCCCACCAUCGCUUCAUCACAGAGAAACAGGUGUUUGCACGCUGGGCCAAGCAGUAUAACAUCACCUUCACUCACCCCACAUGGUGAGAUGACUGGUUCCUUCAACAAAGUUAGCCCAAGGUAUGAGAGAGGUGAUGCACACAUCUGGACCAGGGUCCUGGACAGUGCACGAAUACCCUUUUCACACUACUGGACCAAACUGAGCUGAGCCUAGCUGUAUUGGCCUGGCCUGGUUGGGCAUCUACCAUACAGUAGUUCCUGGAACUGUGAUGUAAAGGACAACAUGAAAAUAAAAUAUCAGAGCCAGCACGUGUAUGGUUCAGGUCGGCCCUAAUAUGUCAAUCGGUCAAUAUUAAGUUGAAUAUACUUUAUUAUUCUUAUAGAACUACACGUUUCUGUGUCCCCUUCUCCGAAUGGCAGCCAUUUCUGUAGCUCUGUGAUGAACCUGAGCUUGGUUUGUAAACAUUAAUAUACAUUCUGAAUGUUUUUUUGACAGUGCAAAAUCAACAUUUUAUGGGAUUUUGUAAAUACGGCAUUUCCUGUGUUUGGCAAAGAAGUUUGAAGAGGGCAACUGCCAAAAUAUUUAUUGUAAAUAAACAAAUUAAUUGAUAUUUAAA